AUGGCGCACUCGCCAGGAGCCGCCGUCUGGUCAGAGACCCCAGCUGAGCUGCCAGAGCUGGGGGACACGGGGGUCAAGGCAGGUGGGUGUGUGCCUGGAGACGUCACCCUGGGCUUUAUAAGGGCCGUGAUCAGGGCGCCGGUGAGCGCGAGCCCAGGAGCCCAGCUCGCCUCCCUCCAGGUGCCCUACUGCCCAAGCGGUGCCAUCACUCGGAGACCCCUCAGGACACAGCCAAGGCAAGGGCACUUCCAGGACCUGCAUCUUCUCACCAGGAUGAACCUGCUAUUUUCCUGGCAGCUGAUGCUUCUCCUUUGUGCCACCUCCUUCAUGGAGACAUUAGAAAAGGUGGUGCCCAUGGAGAAUCCUAGAACCACAGGCUCGCAGCUCGGACCCGCGACGCUCCGGGCGCCCUGGGAGCAGAGCCCGCGGUGCGCGAGUGAGGACAGCCAGCCUGCAGAAUGGGAACGAGGUCACACGGUGAGGGUGGCCUGCACAGUGCUGGGCACCCUCCAGCCCCAGGGCCCUGGCCGGGUGCGGCCUGCUGCUUCCUGUAGCCCGGGCACCGGCCGUGUGGGCAUGUGCUGCCACCUGCAGGUCCUACAUGGCACUGCCACACCCAUCCAGCCAUGA